GCAGGCGGGACAAUCUGUACGGUACAGACUGUUCUUUUCAUAAAACACACACGCACGCACAACAUGCACGCACAACAUACACACACACGCACACACUAUGCAAUUAGUUUCAUUGGCUGACUCUUUCCUGUUGAUAUCAGUGUGUAGGAGGCGUGUGUGCGUGUGAGCUAGAGAGUGCUAUUCCUGUAAACUUAACUCAGGCUGACCUCAUUGCCUUGCUGUAAUGACUGACAUGUCAUUUGAAAGCUUACAACCAAUAGAAGAUUCCGUUUCCAAAUGUCAGUUGAUCAAAAAUUCACCCGAAAGAUGUCACUAGAGGACAACAACAACAACACAUUUCUGGGUUUAUCAUUCUGGUCAAAAUCAUUUCAUCAUAAUCCCAAACAAUGGACUGACAUUAAAAAUAUGCUGGGCUCUAGAGAGUACGUGCCUGCCCCAGCGUUGCCUCUAACCUCCUAUGUUCCAUGUGACACAAUAACAAGAUCUUAUCAGCCGUGUGUCACGUGGGAGGUGCUUGCAGCUAUAGGCGAGCUCUUCGGUGAUUUAAGUUUCUGAGAGAAAAUAGAUGAGUGAAGAGACCUCAAGCCACAGCAUGAGACGGCGUCAGGCCCAUUAAAGAAAGACCAGGCACUGAAAUUGAAACCGAAACUCGAGAAAAUGCUGAGAAGUGAAGCAUACAAGCGUGUUCAGGAGUCCAAUUGAAUGAUCAGCUUUGUUUCCAUGACUCACAGCCCAAAAUAGUGAUGGCGGCCACUGACUCUUAACCAGCAGCUCUUUGUAGUGAAGAGGACUUUGAACACUCAAAGAUUGUGUGGUCAGCGAAUGUGUGGGAAUGUGGAGCACUCGUUUGGAUACUCGUGCACCCUCACUUCAAAAAGCCCUGAGGACACAAUAAUAGCAUCAGCGAAGCUCCACGUCUUGAAGCCAGUACAGAAUUUACCUCGGAGGUUGGGUCCCUGGACCUCCCUCUCCUGUAUGAAGUAUCCAAACAUCUGCGUCUCCAUGAAGAUCUCCAGGAAACGCCUCACCGUCUUUGAGGGCACAGCCUUCCGGAAGGCCUCCCGCUGGAAGGAGAAAGGGACGGGGGACCUUCGGAAUGGGGAGGCAGAGGAGAUAUCCUCAAAGAAGAAGAGAGGAUAGUGGCCUACCAGCUCCACGAAGAAGCGCACGAAGGCCUCGGACACAACAGUGCUGAGUUUGUCAGCAGUAAAGAUGACCCUGCGCUCCAGUAGCAGCGAACCAAACACCCCGAGAAGCAGCCUCAGACUCAGGCAGGAGAAAAGACACUCAAAGUCCACGUGUUCCAAGUGGGAGUCGGAUGGCCGGCAUAGCUCCAUCACCUGAAAAGCAGCUUGUGGUGAGUUCAUCUUCUUCUCUUAUACAAAUACGACGUGAAGUCUAAGCAAAGUCACCUCAGUGCCACAGCCAGGGAGAAAUGUUUUGAUGGUGAUGGUUCUUCCCGGAGCUGGAAACUGGGCCUCCAUGAUUGCUCGCAUGAAGGGCUGCACCAAAGCGGGUGACAGAGCCCUGCGCCUCUCCACUUCAUCCAGUACCUACAGAGCACAAGCACACAGCAGUCCCCAAGACAGUAAGUACGCCCUCUAGUGGCUGUGAGCAGCACAGGGGAUGACAUCAAAUAGCUAAUUUAAAAUGCAUAAAUGUCAAUUGCAAAUUAUAAAUGAUAUGUAUAUAAUUAGCUUAAUUUAUAUUGUUUACCUUAGAGAACAGGUUAAAACAGCCAAGACAACUAACAAUGCAGUAGACCUCUGGAAGACGUUUUCCUUUUCCACUAGGCUGAAAAAAUAGUAAACAAAACACAAUAUAUGAAUUAUAUUUUAAUAUAGAUACUAACCACUAUUAUAUAUUAUUAUACAUGAUGAAAAUGUGAUUUUUUAGGUUGAUAACAUAGAUAAAACCAGUCAAAAGUACUUUUAAUGACAUCCAAUACAAGAGCUUCUUCAUGUUUAUGAUAAUAACGCUCAUUUUAGCCAACCAAGAGUAAAAUAUUAGACAUGACAGUCUAUUAUUAGGCAUUCAAGAGAGCCUCCAGUCUCCAGUCCAUAUAAACUCACACAAAUACACACAUACAGUCUAUGCACACUUUCCCAGACUCACACACUUCCUGUUUUCCCACAGGCAUAUCAACUUUUUUCAACUUUUUUUUUUUUUUUUUACACACUGGGUUAUUUAUUCAGCCGUCAUGGCGGUAUUUGGCCACUUCCUGUUCCCUGUUCAGCGGCAGCCAGCUCAUAUUUAUUUGAGCUCUUUUUUUGUUGUUUACCAGUAAUCGUCUGCAGUAUCCAAAGCGCCUGCUCCCAUCCUCCCCAGUCAAUACAAAGGAGAACGUUUCACUAGGAAGGGAUACAUUUAAUACACAAGUAAACAUACAUUAGUAAAAACACUUACAUUUACUGUAUAGAUUAAUUUUCAUGUUGCUCACUGUUUGUGAAUAUUGUUAGUAUUCAAUAGAUGAUGGGUAAUAUGUUGUGAUGGGGCCUCACCUUGGAUAGCUCUCCACCGGCUCCCAGUCUUUAGCAUCUGGGAAGCAAAAUCUGGGAAUAAUCCUUAGCUGAUCUUCCGUCUCCUUCAUGAAUUUGAAAUUUCGCUCCAGCUGCAACGCACACAAAAAGUCUCUAUAAAAUGUAUGGCUGUCAAUUGAUUUAAAAUUUUAAUCAAAUUAAUCACCAUUAAUUCAUGAUAAUUAAUCACCAUUUGUAACAAUGUGUGAAAUAUUUACUGUGUUUUAUACACAGAAAGAUAAAAUAUAUAUGUAUUUCGCCCAAGGUCAGCUGGGAUAGGCUCCAGCACAACCCUGGUGAGGAUUGAGCGGCAUCGACAAUGAAUAAAUUAUGUUUUCUGAGAUUUUGGGCACACUUUCAUUCAUUCAGUUUCUUCCGCUUAUCCUCAUGAGGGUCGCGGGUUGCUGGAGCCUAUCCCACCUGUCUUCGGGUGAGAGGCGGGGUACACUUGGACUGGUUGCCAGCCAAUCACAGGGCAUUCACACUCACAUUCAUACACAUGGACAAUUUGGAGUCGGCAAUUAGCGAACAUACACACUCCACACAGAGAUGGCCGAGGGUGGCAUUGAACUUGGGUCUCCUAGCUGUGAGGCCUGCGCGCUAUAACCACUAUAACCACUAUAACCCACUACAGGCCUCUGUUUUCCAACGUAGACAUUUGGCUUGACAAGAACGUUAAUUACGUUAAAUCAUCCAUCAAUCCAGUCUCUAAAUUAGUUACCGCCAUUAAUGUGCUAAUUUUAGAGCAAACCUUUUCUAACCUUUGGAGGGAAUUGCUGCGUGACCUCCGGCACAUAAUGUCCGCCUGCUUUUGACCUCUGGAGUGACACAACCAGGAAGAACUCGAAGAGCUGGCGAUGCCAAAGCAAGCCGCUCCUGGUUUUGGUACUGUUGCACUCCACCUCAGUGCAGCCCGGCCGGCUCAGUAUGGACUGGACUGAGACCAGACGUUGGCGAUGGGCUGCAUGAGAACAAUAUUAGUCUAUUGAGGAGGACAACUUCAUUGAAAAGACCUUAAAACUUUACCUUUGGCUCGCUCUUCAAAUUCACUCUCAGAGUCGCUGUUUUCAUCGGUUACUGCAAACAAAAUAGUCAAACAGUAAAAAUAAGGACAUGAAAGAAUAUAUCCAAAGGUCACCUCUCCCUGAGCUGGUCUCAGCAUACUGAUAAAUCCUCCUGAGAUGUUUCUUCCCAAUCCGAGCCUCAAAGAUGUUGUUUAUCCUCAGGAUCACCUGAGAAAAAGACGAAAAUCAAAGAGUUCAUUCAUUCAUUCAUUUAUUUUCUACCGCUUUCUACAGCCUAUCCCAGCUGUCUUUGGGCGAGAGGCGGGGUACACCCUGGACUGGUGGCCAGCCAAUCACAGGGCACAUAUAGACAAACAACCAUUCACACUAACAUUCAUACCUAUGGACAAUUUGGAGUCGCCAAUUAACCUAGCAUGUUUUUGGAAUGUGGGAGGAAACCGGAGUACCCGGAGAAAACCCACGCAUGCACGGGGAGAACAUGCAAACUCCACACAGAGAUGGUCAAGGGUGGAAUUGAACCCUGGUCUCCUAGCUGUGAGGUCUGUGCGCUAACCACUUUACCGCCGUGCCGCCCACAUACUGAAUUAAAAUGCAAAAAAAAAACAUACAGUACCGUAGGUAUCCUUCGACACGUACGACUGGACGACUCCCCGGUCAGCCAGGGUCCAGGUUCAGUAGGAGUGGACGGGGGGCUGAGCUGGAUCGGAGAUGAAACCCCACCACUACCAUGGCUUUGCUGGCUAGCUCGACACAGGUCCAGCAACUUGAAACUCCGAUCUGAAUUCUUCCUAAAAAAGCCAGGUCUUGAAACCUGAGAAAAUGAAUAUAAAUCAGAUUUGGGUCCAUUUAUUUAAAUUUAUUUAAGAGUGAACGGGCAGGGAUGGAACCUUGCUUGUGUCUGCACCAGGCGACGACGGCAAAGACUGCUGGGAGCACAGACUCUCCAACUCAAUGUCUUCGUAUGGGUUCUCUUUGAAUGCAUCUGCAACAAUAACAUCUUAACACACUUAACAGGUGGCAGCACGGAUCGUCAGUAGCCCCCUGGCUAGUUUUUACCCAGGAUGUCUUCAUAGUGAUGCUCCGGAGUCCGCAAGGAACUAUUCAAACCUGGAAUGUCCUCACAUUCAAGUGGUUUCCUGUCAAAGUCAAAAUUAUUUUUUUUGACACUGUUUAUUGUAAAUAUGUCAGAUUUUAGUUUCUUUUACUUGUUGUUAAGAACAGGUGGAUGUCUUGAGGAUGUUUUUGGCAGUGGAGGUAGGUUCCUCUGCUUUCUAGUGACCGGAUGCUGGAAGGUGCGCUCCGGUUUCGGGACUGGGUUAACAGGAGCCUUUCCCAAAGAUUCCAUUAGGUCUUUUCCCCUUGCUUGCUUGUCUUUGCUCGCUGGGCUGAAAUAGUUUCCAAGUUCUGGAGGAGUUUUACCAUGAUCCAUGGCGUCCAGCUUUUUAAAAAGAGUGAAGACCGCUUUCUUUCCGUCGUUGUCAUUUUGCGGACAAGGUCUUGAAUCUUUGAGCUUCCCCACAUUUUCCUUCAGUUCUUCACUGACUGCAGUCUUAAUUUCUAAUUGCUGUCUGUCUCCACAUUUGCUUAUGUUAUUUUUAACCACUUUGCCGCCAUUUUCCAUAUGGUCCUCACUCUGCUUAUCCAUCCUCUUUGAGGGUUCCUUUGCCUCCCAAAGAGAAAUCUUGUCCUUAAUGUUGCUUCUGACGGAUGUGGAGAGCUUGUCAUUGCUGCAAGAGUCACAGGUCAGCCUCCUGUGAGCCAUCCGAAGGUGUAAAGGGGGCAGAAGCGCCAAGUUGCCAUGCAGUGACGUCACAGAUGAUGGCACACUCAGUUCACAGAUGUUCGUCGCCAAGCAGACUGCUAGCUUGAAAAACUCUUAUCUGAUCAGGAAGGCACUUUAUUGUUUGCAGUGUUUGUCCCACCUGGCACUAGCGGGAGAUUUUAGCUGAACUCCCUCCCUGUCCUUUUUGCUGUUGCCCACCACCUCCACCUCCUCCUCCUCCUCAUCCCUCCGGUCGUCCCUGUGAUGCCUCCCUCGUGCUGUGGCUGCCUGUCACAGUACACCCAUCAUCACCUGGUCACCUUCCUCCUCACCUUCUUUAGCUAUGUGUUCCUGCAUGCAUCCAGGAAGACGUUCAGCAAUGUGAAAGUCAGCAUCUCUGCCCAGUGGACGCCUUCUCCUCAGAAUGGCAGCGCUCCAGCUUUCUCCCCUAGUGAGACAUGGGAGAGUAAUCGCCUGUUUGAGACUGAAGAGCAGGCCACCCUCUUCCUGGGAGUGCUGGACUCCAUUUUCCUCUUCUCCUAUGCCGUGGGUUUGUAUCUCAGCGGCGUGAUUGGCGACAGAGUCAACCUGCGCUACGUGCUCUGCUUCGGCCUGUGCGGCUCUGCUGCCGUGGAUUUUGCAUUUGGCACGCUGACAGAGUGGUUCCACCUUUACAACAUCUACCUCUACUGUAGCCUGUGGGUCCUCAAUGGACUGCUGCAGUCCACCGUCUGGCCCUGCGUGGUCGCCGUCAUGGCCAACUGGUUCGGCAAGACAGGGCGCGGGUUUGUGUUUGGCAUGUGGAGCGCCUGCGCCUCGGUAGGCAACAUCCUGGGCGCCUACUUGGCAUCCACCAUGCUCAAGUACGGCUAUGAGUAUGCCUUCCUGGUGACCUCAGUGGUGCAGUUCUCGGGCGGGGUGGUGGUCUUCUUUGGCCUGCUGACCUCGCCGAAGGAAGUCGGUCUCAGUAUGGAGUGUGAGACUGGACUCAGCCCAGUUGAGACCGACACCCACAGGCCUCUGAUGAGCGAUGAUGAAGAAGAAGAAGAAGAGGAGGACGUGUACGAGUGCCACCACACGAUUCAACAGCAGGACGAACCCCACGAAGAGCCGAGAGCUGUGGGUUUCUUCCAGGCUUUCUGUCUGCCCGGAGUCCUGCCGUACUCGCUGGCGUUCGCGUGUCUGAAGAUGGUGAACUACUCCUUCUUCUUCUGGCUUCCGUUCUACCUGAGCAACAACUACGGCUGGAGGGAGGCCGAGGCUGACCGCCUGUCCAUGUGGUAUGAUGUUGGAGGCAUCAUCGGCGGAACCGUUCAAGGUCUGAUAUCGGACUUCAUGGGAAAGCGAUCCCCAGUGUUGGCGUUAAGUCUGAUGCUCGCCAUGGCCUGUCUGGUGGGCUACAGCCAUUCACCAAAUGACAAGGCCACCAACGGCGCCCUGCUGGCCAUCACUGGCUUCUUCAUCGGCGGUCCAUCCAACAUGAUUGGCUCGGCCAUAUCUGCUGAUCUGGGAAGACAGGACGCCGUCCGAGGCAGUCAAGAAGCUCUGGCUACUGUCACUGGAAUUGUGGAUGGAACAGGAAGUAUCGGAGCUGCUGUUGGACAAUACUUGGUGUCCCUCAUUGAGAGCAAGCUGGGCUGGGUAUCGGUCUUCUACUUCUUCGUCAUCAUGACAGGGGGCAGCAUUCUCUUCAUCGCGCCCAUGAUCCUGAAGGAGGUGCGCGCCGUGUGGAGAGAGCGGCAAGCGCUGCGCCAUCAGCUGUGAGACAAUCAGCUCAUUUUUUUUUUUAUGUCCUCUGUGACAACAUCACAUGACUACUUUUUAAAAGGAAAAACACAGCUCCAAUGGAGAUUGGAGAAGCCCACUUUUAAACCCUUGACGGCUGUUGUGGCCGUAGGACCCGGUCUGUACAUAUUCCAAAUGGCUGUAAAUCCUUAGAAAUGCACUGCGGUGUAACUUAACUCUGCAAUUCAUAGUUGCACAUGAAUGAGAUUGGUUAUACGUGUAUGUAAUGCACUAGUUUAGUGGUUUAGAAUCAAUCAUUUCAAUGGAUGAUUGGGACCUUUUUUUACUUUUGUUUUUCCAUUCUCCCCAUCAUUCCAACUUCCUCACAUUACUGCAACACUAACGCUUUCGUCUGUAAGAGUCUUAAAUCAUAUGUUUACUAUCAAUCGGCCAUGAACCAGCUGUCAUUAGGAGCGGGGUUGUCAUAGUGGCCAUCCAUCAUGGUUGAAGGGCUCUGUUAUGCAGCCUGAAGCGACACAACUCUGGGAGAAAAAAAAUGAGCCAUAUUUCAGGAGAAUGUAGUCAAAAACACACAUGGAAUGUGUAAUUUAAUCUGCGCUUUUUAACGCAUAUUUUAGCUUUAUUUAUGUGUACAUUUUCACCUGUAAAUGUAGCAUUUUGUUUGAAAUAAAUGGCAACGUCAAUGUGAUGUUCCAUAUUAACACUUUUUUAUUUUUAUUUGUUUACUCCAUGAUGAAUGGAAUACAUUUUAUGCGGUUAAAGUGACAAAAUGAUGACACUUUCGGAACCUACGGGUAAAAAGUGUCACGUUUUAGGGACCUUAAGGGUUAGAUGGCGAUUAUGUAACAAAAAUUGUCUACCCCUCUAUUGAUGUAAUAAUAUAUACGUACUGUAUAAAUGAGAAAUUCACAAGACAAAAAGCUAUAAUAUUAUGA